GGUCAUGAUUCACAGCCAGCUGCAGCACAAUGAACACAAGAGUUUUGUUUCACUUUACUUGAGUUUGAAGUGUCUUCAACAGCUACAAAUUUGGCUGCCUCUGAUUCACAAGUGGAUGGUGUGAGUUACUCCCACAUAAGCCUAACUAUUGCUGUAGAAUAUGAACACAGGACUGAAGGGGGGAGUUUGCCUUUAUUUCCUUCAUCAUACUUAAUCGGAGGUUAGUUUGUUUUUGUGGAUUUCAAGGCUUGCAGUCCUGGCUGCAGAAUAAGAAGAACAGAUCAGAGAUCAGGUCAGGUUUGGCAGAUAAAUGCUUAUUUGUUAUACAGUGAAGAAGAAAUCCCAUCAGUCAUAAAAGCAGUGUAAAAUCUCUGAGUGGCACAUUCUUCAGGCAGAUUUUUAUUCUGCGGAAAAAUGACCUGGAUAUCGGUAAACGUCUUCUGUGCUCUUCUAUCACUCUUCACUCCAUCAGUAGUAGUUAGUGAUGAAGAAGCCACAACAAACUGUGCAGACUUCAACAACAAAACAUGUAAAAAAUACAGAGAAAUGAAGGGUGUACAUGUCCAGUACCUGCUACUGACAAGAAGGAAUGCAGACUGCGCUAGUCUCUUCACCCAGGACUGUCUCAACCAUACACAGAACCAUACUGUACACUUUAACAGUACACUUCCCACUAAAGUCAUUAUUCAUGGAUACAGGGUUCUAGGCAGGAAGCCCUCCUGGGUAAGUGACUUAGCCCAGGCUUUGUUAGAGAAGGAGGAUGCGAACAUCCUGGUGGUAGACUGGCUCUGUGGAGCCUCUUAUAACUACAACAAGGUUGUGAAUAAUUGCAAGGAGGUUGCUGUGCAGAUAGCAAUUCUUAUAAAUCAGCUUACGACCAGUGGUGUUAAUCUGGAAUUAUUCCAUCUAAUUGGCAUAAGCGUGGGAGCCCAUGUAGCAGGAUUCGUCGGAACUCUGUUCAGUGGCAAACUGGGACGAAUUACAGGUCUGGACCCAGCAGGGCCUAUGUUCAAAAAUGCUGACCCCUUUGACCGCCUGGAUCCCUCAGACGCCAUGUUUGUUGAGGCUAUACACACUGACUCUGACAAUUUUGGCAUUUCCAUUCCUGUUGGACAUGUGGAUUUUUUCGUGAAUGGUGGACUGGACCAAACUGGAUGUGUACAGUCAAGUUUUUCAUCAAUUUUUAUUUAUUUUCCAGUGUAUGGCUAUGUAAUCUGUGACCAUAUGAGGGCGCUGCAUGUGUACAUGAGUGCACUAAAUAGCUCCUGUGCACUUACUGGCUUCCCAUGCUCCAGUUAUGAGGAUUUCUUGGCAGGCCAGUGCACCAGCUGUGAUGGCCCCUUUAAAAACAUCUGCCCACAGAUAGGCUUGCUGAAGAACAGUGGCAUAACAGCAUCACCAUUACCCGUACAUGGGAAAGUCUACCUCCUGACAACAUCUGAAGUUCCCUUUUGUGUCCAUCACACAAUGAUUGAGCUGAAAGUGUCCCCGCUGGCAAAGAGUGCAGUGGUGCAGCUCACACUGGUCUCCAUGCAAGACAUCAAGACAGAGCAGAAACUCUAUCUAAAAACAGACCAAACCAGUUAUAAAAAGGUAGUAGGGCUUCCGGAGCAUCUGUGCAAGAUUGAAUCCAUCCAUCUGAAGAACACUGGAGCAUUGUUAUACAGACAAGGGAAUAUCCACUUUAAAUACAUUUGUGUCUCCAGGAUCCCUAAAAUGAGGAGAACAGACACAUUGUGUGUGGAGGACAUAACAAUUGGCAGGAAUGCACCAUGGUCACAUGACUUUAUCCAGGUGUGCUGAACAUCAGGAGGGAGAGAGGAAUAGCUACACAACUGACAAAAUAGGAAGAUGCAUCUUACAAAUGCACCAAUGCACAAAGAACUCACAUUAGAACUGCAUACGUAAAGACAACAGCAUUUAUUAUAGAAGUGUUCCAUUUAAGGCAAAUCUACUGCAUAUAUAGUGUAAAAAAUAACAUUUACAUAUGCUUUAUUCAGUAACAUUAUUCAGAUAGGGCAAUUCUAAAGCCUUUUAACACAGGUCAGUUACUGGAGUUCAGUCUGAUGAUUUCUUUUCUCCGAAUAUCAAAUAAUGUAUUACUGUUACAAUGUCAAUUCUUCCUGUUGACAUGCUACAUGUGUUAUGAGCUUAUCCUAAACAUUUAACAUGUGUGAUAUACAGUAGCUUGGUAGUCUGGCUAUUAUUUCAUGUAUAAAUUAUCUGUAUCUGUUAUCAGACAAAUUUAUGGACAACACUUAAUAAUUAAAAAUGUUUCAUAAAGCUUCAUCUACUGCAAGCAAAUUGUAGUCUGAAAUCAAUAUCAGCCACGUGCUGAAUUUUCACUGAGGUGUUAUUAAGUAAGAAUUGGCCCCAUGAAAAUGCAUUGAUUCCUUAUGGUGAACUAAAAAAAAACUCCCAUAAAAUAGCAUAUGCUGGUUGAAUGUUUUCCCUGUACUCAUUU